UAUUUUUUUAAUGUAUUUUUGUCUUGUCUGUUUUUCAUGGUACUGACCUGAGCAAAAUGAAUUGCUGUAGACUACAGCACUUAAUAUUGCAAUCUAUAAUCUGUCUUGAACGAGGACGUUUGUUCAUCUGCCAAACAAACAUGAAAGAUAAAUUGUCAGUUUUUUUUCUGCUGACAUUGAACUCCUCUUCUUAAUCUGCCUCCUGGACUGUAACCCCACAGGGGAGGUCAGGGAUCCCAGGGGUCACGGGGCCUAAAGGGUUAAAGGGUCUUGAAGGUCUUUUUGGAAGCAGGGGACAAGAUGGGACUUACGGAGCACCGGGACCCAUUGGCCCGCUUGCAGAAGAUGGGAAUCCUGGACCAACAGGACUAAGGGGAAUGCCGGGGAAGACGGGGUCUCCGGGCAUGCAGGGCGCCGUGGGGACGAGUGGGGACCCAGGAGGCAGGGGUAUAUCUGGGAGACCUGGGAAGCCUGGAGUCAAAGGGGUGAAGGGGAAAGAAGGUCCAACUGGUCUUCCAGGAAACCCUGGCUUGAAGGGAAACCGCGGUCUAGAGGGGCCAAGGGGCAAGCAGGGCGGCCCAGGCGAGAAAGGCGCACCUGGACUCAGAGGAUAUAGAGGAGCUCUUGGCCUGCAGGGGAACAUCGGGCCGUGGGGAGGUUUGGGGCUCCAGGGCCCCCCGGGAGGCCAGGGCCCCCCUGGACCUGGGGGCCCCAGAGGGGUGGCAGGCUACCCAGGUAAAGACGGACCCACAGGAGCCUCUGGGGCAGCCGCCGAGAAAGGAGACAAGGGAUUCAAGGGUGCUGUUGGCCAAAAUGGAGUUGCUGGUGUCGAUGGUGAGGAGGUAUAUUGA